AUGAAACUUGUAUCCGGCUUGACAACCAAGGCGAAGGCGAGCAGAUUGGCAAAGGUCUUUUCCGGUCAUAGAGACCAAAGCGAUGUACUCCCGGUUCUCUGGCAAUGGCGUUUGGAGUUUAUGGUUGUCUUCAUGUCAUGCGGUCUCCUGGGAGCAAUAUUCGGAGUUUUAUACCACAACCAUGAUCAAGAAGUGGCAGGCUGGUCGCUGUCUGGAAUGAGUCUAAACACGUUGAUAGCUCUGCUGUCAGCGUUGCUUAGAGCCCACAUUCUUACUAUCGCUGAAGAAGUCAUUAGCCAGCAUAAAUGGAUCUGGCAGCUCACGCCUCGACCAAUAAGUCACCUAAACUUCAUCGAUCAAGCUAGCAGAGGGCUCUGGGGUUCAAUCAUACUUCCAGCUCGGCUCCGCGCAUGGUUCUCUUACAUCUACGUUGGAUGCCUCAUCGUGGUGCUAUCUCUGGGUAUUGGACCAUUUACGCAGCAGGCAUCCAGUACCAAAUCUUGCAUCAAGAUUGUUCCUGGCGCUACAGCUGCCAUCCCUUAUACCUGGGGCGACUUUCGAAUAUCCGAAAAUGGCAAAGAUGCAGCCUCCCUCCAGAGGGCAGACCCGGAUUAUUCAGAGGCCAUUGUUCGUGCAUCCUCGAACAGUAUCUCAGCAAGCUCGAAGUCACUGCUUUCACGUUGUUUCACGGGCAACUGUUCAUUUCCUGCCGUCCGUGGGGAUAUUGCCCUUUCAACACUGGGUAUUUGUUCGCGGUGUAUUAACGCUACGGGCUAUGUCAGAUCAGACGCCUCAGUUAGAGUCAUGCUGCCCCAAGAAAGGUUGCCGCUAAUUGUUGGAUUUGAUAAAAUGGAUACAAGCACCAUUGCCAUUUCCUCAAGGCCUUCGAAGGACCUGGAAUGGGCACGAGCUGAUUUUGAUGAUGAUUUACGAGACGUUUUCAGGGCAUCCAUCACCAACCACACGUUUCUUGGUUUGACAUCAGACGGUUGCCAAAUUGAAAAUAGCACUGCAGCGGUUACAAAUUGUGAUCGGCCCCCUGCAAUCGAAGAAAAGUCGAUACCAAACUUUAACGUCUACGCGGCAGCUUGCACGUUUUAUUUUUGCAUGAGGCAUCAUCAAGUUGACGUAAAGAACGGUCUAUUAACCGAAACACUCAUCACCGACAGUCCUAGGUUUUAUCACCCUGCCGACACCGGCCUGUAUGGAAAUAUUCACGUCUGGAAGCCAGUUUGUGACAUUGGUUCUGAAACUUUGGAUCUCACAUUCGCAAAAACCAAAUCUGUUAGCAACGAAUCAGUUCAGGUUGAGUUGCGUGGACCAGGAACCGAAAUCGUGGAUAUUCCCUGGAGCGCAAAUUGUACCGCAUACGUGAGAGCUGAGAGAAAAUAUGCCAUUAGACUCGCAUUGACGAUGAUGGAAGGCGUUUGCAGCUACCCGAUCCAUUCGCAAGGCCCUCCUAGCUUAUCACUUCGGAUCGACCUUCUUCGAUGCAAUCCGUGGAAUCUUUAUGGCCUGUUCAACAACGGUCUUGCGUCUUUUUUUUGGACUUCCCAGACCAUGAGCGAAGUCGCUACCGCAAUCAGUAACCGUAUGCUUGAAAUAGCAGCAACGAGGCAUUUCCAGGUCUUAUUGGGUGAACUACCCGGGCCUAAUCAUCCCGGCGGGUUCAUCGAAGGCGAUGUGCACUACACUACAAUCUGUACAAGAUUUCAAUGGCCUUGGCUUCUUGGUCCUGCUUUGCUUCUGCUUAUGACAAUAGGAUUCUUAAUCCAUGCUGUAACUCGGUCCGUUGUUCAACGCGGUCGCGAACCGCUUUGGAAGAGCUCUUUACUCCCUGCCCUGUGUUUCAAUCCAGAAUCUCAAGGUCAAGGGAGCAAAUAUGAACUUUCGGAAAUUGAGAAAACGGCAAAUACUAGGUUUGCCGCCUUAUCCGCAACGACCGAGGGCAGAUGGGAACUAGUGGAUGGGCUGGACGAAGUGGAUAGAAGUGAUCGAUCCGAGCAGAGCAAUGAGGAUCAGGUAGCCCUUAUGGACUUACCACCAACCUGGAGCACAAGAAGGGGAUGA